AUGAAUUCAUCAAUUUGUGAAAUACCAAUAACACCAUACAAAGAAAUCGAUAAUGGUACAGAUAACCAUAGUUAUACACGAAGUUUUAAUGAUAUUCCCGAAUCUCAGUCUAAACAGCAUGGUAAAUUUGAUGUACAUUUAUCUAUUCGACCAACAUCAGCAACACCUGUACCAUACUCGAUUAUACCUGAAACAACACCAGAUAUGAUAGACAAUUCAAUUUCAUUAAGAUCAUCAUCGAAUUCCAAUCAUAAAACUCAACCUGGAUCUAAUGGUUCAGGACCAUAUGAAAGACAAUUAUCUUUACUUGAUCCUAUGUCAGAUCGUGUAAGUACAAUACUUGUUUGGCAAAAUUUAACAGUUCAAAUUCGAGAAGAUAAAAAGAAAGAAGCUUUUCAACGUAUGAAAUCAUAUAAAACUUUUGUACCAAAACGAAAAUGCUUACUUCAUAAUAUAAGUGGAGCAAUCACGGGUGGUAUAUGGGCUGUAAUGGGUCCAUCUGGUUCUGGUAAAUCCACUCUUCUAAAUACAUUAGCUUGCCGUCUCGAUGUCAAUACAGUUGUUGAAGGUGAGAUGCGUCUCAAUGGUGCACCCUAUGAUAAUGCUGAAUUAAAACGUAUCGCGGGUUAUGUUAUGCAAGAUGAUCUGUUAAAUGGAUAUUUAACUGUUGAAGAAACAUUGAUGUAUACAGCGAAAUUACGUUUACCAAGAGCAUUCACUGAUAAACAACGAAAAGAACGUGUCGAAGAUGUUAUGACUGAUCUAGGCUUAUCUCAUGUUUAUAAUGUUAUUGUUGGUACACCAUUAAAAAAAGGUAUAUCAGGUGGUGAACGAAAACGAGUUUGUGUUGGCAUGCAAUUAUUAAAUCGUCCACAACUAUUAUUUCUUGAUGAACCAACAUCAGGUUUAGAUUCUGUUACUGCACUCGAUCUAUUACGUACAUUUCAUGUAUUAGCACAUGGUAAAUCUCAAGAAAAAGCUGUUACUAUUGUAUGUUCAAUUCAUCAACCACAAUCGAAAAUAUUCGAUUUAUUUGACUCAUUAAUUUUAUUGAAAGCAGGAAAUGUUAUUUAUCAAGGAUCAAGAAAACAAGCUAUGGAAGUGUUUCGUGCAGCUGGAUUUCCUUGUCCAUUAUACACUAAUCCUGCUGAUCAUUUACUAGAUGUUAUAACACCACCAAAAAGUAAUUCAAUGGGUGGUGGAAAUACGAUUUCGCUUAAACAACAAGCAGCUAUUGAUUCUGCUCUAAUAAAUGCUCAAUCUCCAGUUGAUAUUGAUCUUAAUAUGGGUGUAGAUAAGCGCCUUGUUCAAAUGAAUGACGUUCAACCACAUCCUACAUGGAUAAAACAAGUUCAAGUGCUUCUUCAACGCAAUUUUCAAGAACAAAUUCGUCAGUCAAAAGUUAUUAUUAUAUCACUUAUACAAACAAUUCUGAUAGCGGUCUUAAUUGGAACUGUAUUUCUAAAUAUUGGAAAUGCCCAAUCAAGCAUAGUACGUCGUGGACCUGUUCUAUUUUUUUGUGCUGUUAACCAAGGUAUUUUUGGUGCAUUAAUGGUUAUUAAUUCAUUUCCGGUCGAACGUGCAUUAACACUACGUGAACGUGCAUCUGGUACUUAUUUUGCAAGUGCUUAUUUUACAGCUAAAAUUAUUGCUGAUACACUCGUUCAAUUACCAGUUCCCAUAAUAUUCUCAUGUAUUGUCUAUUUUCUUGUUGGUUUUCAUUACACAACUGCAAAAUUUUUCAUUUUUACAUUAUUCAUGUUAUUAUGUUCGAUAGCAUCGACAUCUUUAGCUUUAAUGGUAUCUGCUAUUUGUAAAACAACAGAUAUGAGCGUGACUGUAUUACCAAUGGCACUUGAAGUAUCACGUUUAUUUGGUGGAUUCUUUUUAGCACCAUCACGUUUGCCAAAAUAUUUUGCGUGGCUUGAUGUUUUAUCUUAUGUAAAAUAUACCUAUGUUGGUACUAGUUUAAAUGAAUUACGUGGUUUAAACUUAACAUGCACAAAGGCUGAUCGAGAUAGAAAUUCAUGCAUUGAAAAUGGUGAAAUAAUUAUUCGUGAACUUGGUUUGGAUUAUAUAAAUAUCAUUGGUUGUAUUGGAGCAUUACUUGCAUUUAUUAUUAUUUGUCGUUCAAUAGCUUUUCUUGGUGUUCGAUUUCUUAAAAAUUAA